AUGAGCGAAGAGCAAAAGGCCACUCAAAACCGAGGGACUGUGCCGCUCAAUAACAGCAAAAUUGCUCCUUAUAAUUGGGAAAUAAUAUCAGCCCCAUUGGUCAACUGGGCUUCUGUAAGAGAGGCAGCAUUAUCUUCAAUAAUCGAUGGCCUGAAACUUAACUGUCGAUCUCAAUUUGCGGAGAAAAAUUUUGCAACUUUACUAUACAGAUGCCUCAAUUCUAUCAAGAAGGGUACUUCCAAGGAGAUUGUUUUGGCUUCUCAAGCUCUUGGAUUAUUGUCAUUCACAGUAGGCUGUGGGGAUAAUUCUCAAGAACUUUACAAAGAGACACUUCCCGUUUUCUCACAAGCUCUGAAAUCUAAGAACGAAGCAUUACUGAUAUCUGUGAUCGAUUCUCUAGCUAUUGCUGCUUUUGUUGGUGCCAAUGAUUUUGAGCAGACAGAAGCUUCCAUGCAGAUAAUAUGGAAAUUUAUUUGUUCAAAAUCUGGUGAAAUUGCUGUGGUGAAAAAACUUCCACCAUCUGUUUUAUAUACGGCUAUUUCUGCGUGGUCUCUUCUCCUCACAACAGUCGACGGGUGGAACCUUAAUCACAAUUAUUGGCAUGGAGCAACUUCAUAUUUUCUUGGCCUACUGGAUUCAGACGACCGAUCUGUGUGCAUAGCAGCUGGUGAAGCUAUUGCUUUAAUAUGUGAAGUCGGGUGUCUCGAGAAAUUUGCUUGUUAUACUAUAAAUGAUAAAAAUAGCUCAAAGGAUACAGGAAAGAACUUAUCAGAACAUGAUUACUCCUUACAAGAAUUACAACAUAUUGUAUCCAAUCAUGCCAAAAAACUUGCUAGUCACACUUCACUUCAAAGUGCGGCCGUCAAAGCAAUUAAUGGAUGGAACAACUUUUCCUUGAAUGUUUUGGAAGUUUUAGAGGAAGGUUGCUUUGGUGAAACUACUCUGAAGUUUGGCAAACACAGCUUGCAGUUACAUUCAUUUUCACAAUUAUUGCAGGUUAACUUUGUCAGGCGUAUUCUAGGACGUGGGUUUGUAGCACACAUGCUGGAAAAUGACUUUCUACAUGAUGUUUUCGACUUCACACCCAGUAAGAACAAGCUGGAGAGCAACCUCUACAGUGCCGAAAGGGAGGAGGUUAUGGUUCGUGUUUUUUUGCCUGAAACCAGUGAAAGAGAUUAUGAAGAGGACUUGUUUGAGAGGACUCCGAAGCCGAAAAGGUCGACUUUCCAGAAAGCAAAGACUCAAUUGUUGAACAAGCAGCGCAUGCUAAAAGGGGAAGAACUGCAACCAUAUCAUGAUUAAAUGUUGGGGACAAAAUCAGUUUCAUUGAUGACUAUUUUCUUGAGUCCAAAACGAACAAUUUGUUGACCGAUUUUUCGAGCUAAUUUAAGAUAAAUAUAUCUAAGAAAUAUUUUCUUUAUGGUACCAUUCUUUGGGCUCUCGUACUUCAAUUCUUGCAACAGUUUUAAGUACAACACCCGAGCGAUUUAGCAGAUCAAAAGGGAAAAAGGUGAACACUUAAUUAUGUAUUUUUUAGGAAUCUGCUCAAAGAAGAUUGAUGAAGCUUUUUGGCUGUGAUUAUUUGUCUUAUAGGGAUGAUUUGGUCUGUUAACUAGUGAUUGCAAAUGUCAAAUGUGAUUGGCAAUAGGGCGAACAUUGUUUUGUGGUCAUUAUAAACAUACAAGUUAAACAUAAACUAUGAUACAUAUUGAC